UGGUGGUGGCGGCGCUCAUGAGGGUGAGCGAGGGCGAGUCUGAUAGACCAAGGGGGCGGAGAAGAAAGAAAGAAGGUUGAAAACAGGAGCUCAACGACUUCUUUUUUGAAUGAAUGAAUGAAGCAGGCAGAGAAGUUGUUUUUCGGGUUUGUGGCUGUGAUGGUACUGUUGGGUUCUUUGCGUUCUCUCUCUCUUUCUCUCCUCACUUUCACAUUUCCUUUAUUUCUCUCUCUCUCUCUCUCUUACAUGCAAACUUUCUUUGUCCUGUUUAUCUGUUUGCCUCUAUAUUUUCUCUCCGUUUUGCUCUCUCAACUGCCUUCAAAUGCUGCCGACACACAACUGUGUUGCAUAUUCACCUUCCAGGAGGGCCAGAGAUGUAACUAGCAUGGCACAGCUGUAGAACUGCCCUCUUUGGCUCCCGUGUGCCAACAUGGGGCUCAGUUGCUGCAAGUUGCAGGAGCACAGAUCUGUUCGUGCUAAGGGCAGCACAGGAGAGAAGGACAGAUCGGCUCUCAGCCAUGAGGCAUUCCUGCUCAUGGCAAACUCUCAGAAUGACAUGGAUGAUUGGGUCAAAGCCAUCAGACGUGUCAUUUGGGCUCCCUUCGGAGGAGGUAUCUUCGGCCAGCACCUGGAGGAUACAGUACAAUUUGAGAGGAAGUUUGGACCCCGGCUGGCCCCGCUGCUGGUGGAGCAGUGUGUGGACUUCAUAAGAGAACAGGGACUGAAGGAGGAGGGUCUGUUUAGGAUGCCGGGACAAGCCAAUCUUGUCAAGGAACUCCAGGAUGCAUUUGACUGUGGGGAUAAACCUCUGUUUGACAGUAACACCGAUGUCCAUACGGUGGCGUCCCUCUUGAAGCUCUACCUCAGGGAGCUGCCCGAGCCAGUGAUCCCUUUUAAUAAAUACGAGGACUUUCUAACCUGCGCACAACUUCUAAUUAAAGAUGAAGAAGUGGGACUCAAUGAGCUUGUGAAGCAGGUGAACACACUUCCUCAGGCUAAUUAUAAUUUAUUAAAGUACAUUUGCAAGUUUUUAGAUGAGGUGCAGUCCCACUCAGCUGAGAACAAGAUGAGUGUUCAGAAUCUUGCAACAGUUUUUGGACCAAAUAUCCUUCGACCCAAGGUGGAGGAUCCCGUAUCAAUGAUGGAAGGAACUUCUCAGGUCCAGCAACUGAUGACAGUGUUAAUCAGCGAACAUGAGCGGCUGUACGCGGGGACGGUGGGAGACGUGUCCUCAGAGCAGACAGGAAGUUGUCCGCGGGGCCAGCGCAACAUGGCACAGUGGAUCUCUGAGGACGAGAUCCUCAGCCGCUCACCCUCAAGCCAGACAUCCAAAACGGCCGAGAGCGUGUGUGGCAGUGCCACAUCUUUGGAUGUUACUGUUGGUGCCCUCAACACUGCCAAGAUGACACCUCAGGGAAAAUCUGGAUUGACAGUCAGCCCCAGUAAGCAGGCAAAGUCCCUCCCCUCCUGGAAAUACUCCUUCAAGGGUGGAGGCACACGCGCCCAGACGGCGAAAAUGGGGGGCUCGUCGGUGGACGUAUCCAGCCUGCCCAAUGCUGGUAACUGGUUGAUGAACGGGCUUUCCUCUCUGCGGAGCCACCGGAGAACGUCUUCAGGAGAACGUAUGGGGAAGGAAUCGACCCUCUCACACCGACUGUCCACCUACGACAAUGUGACCUCUUCCAGUCUCAGUGUACCCAGUGUGGCCAGCACGCCCUGGUCCACAUCCUCCUGUGAGAUUUUAGUGGCCGACUCGGUGAGCAGUGACCCCUCAGGCCUGAGCUCUGUGAAGGCCGAGUGGUCGGUUGGAGGGUCUGUCCAAGGACAGGGUGAACAGAGGAGUUCAGAGGUCACAGAUAGCAGUGAAGCGUUGGAGAUGUGUGUGAGCAGUGCGGGCUGCAGCGAGAACGGAAACGCAGAAGGUACGGUGAACGUCACAGGAGAGACUGACAACAGAAUGAUAGCACUUAAAAGUGUGACCACAGAGCUGAAGGAUGAGCUGAAGAAACAGAAGAUCAGCUAUGAAUUACGAAUACGAAAGCUAGAGGAGUCGAGUGCAGCUCUGCGUAACCACAUGGAGAGACUGGAGGAGGAGUUGGACCAAGAGAAGAUAAAGAAUCGCAUGUUGGAAAUUAAACUCCGCAACUCUGAGCGGGCUCGCGUAGACGCGGAGAACCGAAACCGCUUGCUUCAGAACGAGAUGGAGGAGUUCUUCUCCACUUUAGGAGAUCUUACCUUGGGAACAAGGACGAGCAAAAACUGACUGCUUGAACAUAGAGAAUCUGUGUUUGUUGUAGAUAGAAUUUUGAAAUCUCUCUGCUCGUGCAUCACGAGUAUUCAGAGGUCAUUUUGUGCCGUUUUGUUACGGCGACUCGAUCAGCUGUUAUCGUGUGUAGCAGUUUCACUUUUCCCUCUGCCGUCUUCGGUCUACAUUAUAACGAAAUAUUUCAUCUGAACAUUCUGUUACUACACAAUAUUCACCGUAAAUCUGCUCUUAUCAGGAGGGUGAGUAAAUGAGAGAAUUGUCAUUUUUGUGUGAACUUUUCCUUUAAUGUGCGGUUCAUGUACUUGCCGUUUUUACAAUAAUAAUCGAACAUUCACAGAUAAAACCAAAGCAUGAUUUUUCUGACCUGUCUGUUUUUGCCUUUCACAAUGACAGGUCAUUCCAAUAGCACUGAAUAUCCUGUUAAUGCAUGGUAUAAGAAAUCCUGCUGAACUGUCUCUUGAUAACACUCUCACACAAUCUCUUUUUAUUUAAUAGGCUACAUCUAUACCAUGUAAUAGUCACCAUACAGUCUGCAUCCUAUCACACUGUGCCUGACACUACAGACAUAACUGCAAGUCAUUGGCUCAUUUAUUAAUCUUUACAGAGCAAAUCCCUUUAUUGUAGGUAAAAAGUGCACUAUAGAAUAAAAUCUUUUUGAAUGAAAGGUGACAUCCAAACUGUACAACUCCAUUGUAUGAUGGCAAAACCUCUGAAAGUCUUUUAAAUCAACUUUCUCAAAUGGAAAAAGAAAAGAUUUCAGCUGCAAGAUCGCCAAGUCUUAUUUAUUGAAGCUUAUUAAAAUAAACCUAGAACUAUUUCUCAGGUGGUGUUUUCUAAACACUCAACAAAUGAGUGUCUUAUGUUGUAGAUGAUGAAACCAAGGCUGACGUAUACUUGAAUGUUACUAGUUUUAGUAGUUUUUUUAAGAAUGCAUAUGAUAAUUUUUUCCUGUUGAAUGAUUCCUGUAUGCAGAAAGUGCCAAAGUAGAGAUCUUCAGAAAGUGGGUAUUGACAUCUCAAAUGAAGACUGACUAGCAGUAAUGUAAUAAAAUUCAUGAUUGCUAUCGAAACUGUGCAAUGUUCUGUUUAUGAUGAAAAUAAUGAUCUUUAAAAAUCAUGAUAUUGGUUAACCCUAACAAUUGAAUUAUAGGAAUAUGUUGAAAAAAAGCAGCAAAAUUUCCACUGACAAACAAAUUAUGACACAAUAGCCAAACCCAUUUCCAACUGUUUAUUUCUAUUUUUCCAGUUGUUAUGAUGUUAUGAUGUUAACAGUUGAAUUCCAGUCAAAUCUAAUGAGAUGGUCAUCGACUAAACCUAAUAUAAAAACAACUGCGUCAGUUUGUGAAGGCUAAUAAACCCCCCCCCCAGCACCAUGAUCUUAUAACUCAUGUACAGUGAUUUGGACUCAAGAAUCAAAUGCUAAGCAGGUCAUGCAAGAUUUUGCCCACACAUGUCUCUACACUUUAUAAUUCGAUCAUCUUUUUCUGGAAAAAGCAAAAUAUGGACAGAAUAACGUUUUCACAUAGUCGAGUCUGAAAUAAAAUGGUUCAUUUUCAGCUAUAUAAUAAAUCAGCUGGAACAAGAAAAAAGGUCUAGUGGCAACAAGAAACUCAGUUUGAGGUGUGCAUAAACGCGCACAAUCAUACAAAUUCUCACAGAUUCUCUUUUAAAAACUAUACAGACACUUAAAUAUUCCCAACAUAUCAGCCGACAACCACAUCUUCUGAAUAAAUAAAUAAAACUAAAAUAAUAUUACAGUAAUACAACGUGGGCUUCAUGGUGUCAGCGUGAGGUAGUUCAGACUCGACUCUGAAAUGGACAUUAAAAUGUAUCAGGUUGAGAAACAUCCGCUCUUUUUGCAGGUGCAGUAACUCCCAGACAAAUAUGUAGGUCUCAAUGUCAUUGACACGGUUAAGAGCACUUCAACAAAAUAUAAAGUAAUAGCAAAAUACCCCUGUGCACAGGUAAAUAAAAGGGCCAGACCCCACGUGUCAAUAACACUCAGGUUCCCAUGUUCUAGUCCAAAACGUCAGGCCUUUUCAACAUUCUUAACCAUUCACAUUCAAAAGCCCAACACCACUGAUAUAUCUUCAUCUUUUAUCAAACAUUGAGUGAGCUCUGCAGUAUUUCAAAUCACAAGUCACAAUGCACACACAAACUGUAGGUCAAUCCCCAAUACAACAGUGACGUUCAUGUAUAGCACAUUGUGUGCCAUUAAACUGGAAAAGAAACCAAGAACUAUCUGGAAUACACUAUUUUCAAAUGUAGCUCACUCUACUGUUUUACAAAAAUCAGUAGCUUAAAUGACUAAUGGAAUAUGCUAGCAAUGAACCUGUGUUCAGACCAAAGAUUGUUUUCGAAGAGAAAAUUGUUCUAUUAGCUUUAACAAUUUAUGACCCAAACAUCACAGAAAAAACCUGCUCACCUUAUCUGUUCGGGGUACGAAGAGAAAAAUGCCAAAUGGAAUAUUGCUAUCACUAUGUAGUAUUUUUGCUCAGUGUUUGUUCUGUAUGCAGAUUUUGAAGGGGUAAAGUGAAAUAAUGAAGGAAAAAUGUGCUGAUCUCCUGGAUAACAAUUAGAACAAGAAACAGACACAUACAAGUCCACACAUUUCACAGUCCAC